CGUGAUGCAAAGAUGCCGAGAGAAUUGUUGGAAAAACUGAAGUUGGCUGUAGAAAAAUGUGAUGGGCAAUCCACAACAUCGACAGAAGAGGUCGCUGAAAGUGAUAAGGAUACAAAAAAGGAUGAAAGUCCAGAAGGUUUUGACAAAUCCAAGGAUUUAUUUGCAAGUGCAGAAGCGGCCAGAUCUGUGUUAAUAGAGCGAAUGCUUCACCUACUUUGAAUUGGAGUGAUGAUGAAAUAUUUGAGAAUGAAGAUCUCAUGAAGGAAACACAGGAUCUAGACUUAGAGCCAAAAGACAGAAGGGGCAAUAAACGAAAAUCUCACGGGAUCAAAGAAUCAAAACCUAAAAUGAGUAAAGUUUGCUUAGAUACUCAUCAAGAACUGCAAAGUAACUUGUCUGAUAGCAAGAAACAAACAAAGGGUGUAAUAUCAUAUAAAAUGUUUCAAGGGGGGAAGGAGAGAUCCCCAUUUAGGAAAGUGAAGAGUUUCAAUGACAUUGAUCAUGUGCAAAGCAAACCGACAAAUGAUCUCCGACAAAGUAAGGGUCGUAAAUGUUUAUCACUUAGGAACGUUGACACCGUGACAAAAACUGUUACAACAGCAUCUACCUCUAAGUCUGUAGGUAGGAUGACUGUCAAUCAGGGUAGUAGUGUUACUUCAAACCAAGCUACUUUCACUUCAAACCAAGUCACUCAAAGUACACAUGCCUUAGCAAUGGACAAAAAACAGCAUUCAAAUCGUGGAAAUCCUCCAGCAGAAAUCUGCACACCUGUAGAUCCAAGUGCUUCAAAAAUGCUUAGAAACGUGGCGUCUUCUAGUACUACACAUAACUAUAAUGUUACUAGUGGUCGUAGCUCUCUUUCCACAACGAAUAGAGCUUCUACUCAUCAUUCAGGACUUGUUGGUACAUGCUCUGAAAGGCCAAACAAAGUCUGUGAUAAAGGUCCCUCUGUUCCUGUACCAGCAACCAAUAACAGUCUGAAAAAUCAAGUCAUCAUAUCUAGUAGGACAUUUGUUGUUGCCAAAACUCAAACUACAGGUUCUGGUAUUGUGAGUACUGGAGUACAGAAUCCAAAUCCUGUAGUUAGUAAAAGUCAAUUCAAUAAAAUCAACUCUGGAUUACAAUGUUCAACAGUCCAAAGUGCUUCUACUACAACCUCAAACUCUAGACGACGCUCCAGUGGAAUCUUCGACACAAGUUUGUCUGAUGAUCUUCUAUGCCAGCUAGCUGAACCAGACGAGCUUUUGGACAGUCAGGCUAGUCAGAACACUAACAGUAUUGUUAAGUCUCAAAGUUUAGGUGUAACAUUACACGAAGGAAAACCAGUGCAAGGAGUUGGUAUGACAAAGUGUGUUAGUGUAUCUUGUGAUAGACCCAAGUCUAGUGUAUUGUUUCCUGCGAGUUCAAAAGGACCUGUGAAAACGACAGGAUUGAAACAAGUGCCAAUCAUUUCUAAUUUCAAUAAAACUGGAUGUGCCAAUUAUAAUAUCCCUCUAACUACACAGUCUAGUGUUAGUGGCAAUAAUAGAAUUGGUGCCGACUCCAUGAUAACUCUUAGUCAAGUGUCAUCUUCUCAGAGGAGCAAAUUCAAAUUCAAAUCCAAAUCUGUGAACAGUGGGAUGGGUGUACAAAUACCAGUGUCCACUGUUACUACAAAAAUGUCUGCAAAUCUGUCCACGUCUGUUAGCGCCCCAGAGAUCAGGAAACUCACUACUGUCGCUACCAAGUCAACAGGUUCUUCCCUUACAGACAACAGUGAGGACCUGUUUAACUCGGAUGAUGACGAGCUGUCUGAACAGCAGAUCUUGGCCGUGCUGGACACCGUGGAAUUGGAGGCUUCGCAGAUGCCAAUAGCACCACAGAGUCAGCAGUGUCCCAAGACAAGUCCAAGUGCUUUUCCUAGCAAGUGCUCCAUGAACGAAAUCGAGCAGAAAAAGCAUGCAGCAAAAGCAAAACUUCUGAAGAAGAAGGCCGAAGCUGUUUCUCCAGAGACUCUAUCACAGGAUACAAGUCCGAUAAAAUUUAGUCCUACGAAAUAUACACUGGAGGAGAUUGAAAGGAAAAAACAGGCCGCUUUAGAAAAAAGACGAGCCAAAAGUAAAGAGACUUUACCUGAAAGUUCAAAUGUGUUCAAUCAAUAUAAGCAAGAUUUUAUAGUUAAGAAACAGCAAAAUGUCAGCACAAAAAAUCCUAGUGCAAUACAGAGUUGCUCUUCUGGAAGUCCGGACAAGCUUCAUCAGGAUGAUAUACAAAGAAAACGGCUGGCUGCACUUGAAAAACUUAAACUUAGGGAAGACAAUGUUAAGAAAUGUGCUUCCAGUAGCAGUUCUAGUGAUAGAAACAGCUUUAGUCCAGGAAAAUGCUCACAAGAGGAAAUUGAGCAAAAAAAACUGGCGGCAUUGGAAAGAAAGAAACAUGCAUCAGGGGAUGUUAUGAAGGCGCGUCAUCAUUCCGACUCUAGUCCCGGAUUCUCCAGCAGUCAAAGUGCUGAGAGUAGUCCUUUUAAAUGUACCCCGGAAGAAAUUGAGAAAAAGAAAUUAGCAGCAUUAGCAAAAUUAAAAAUAAGGAAGAACUUGAGCAGUCAGAUGUCUAGUAAAGGGAAUUAGUCGAAGAAAAUGUGGGACUAUAUAGGUAAACAUUGUAAAAUUCACGGAUGUGUAUCUUGAGGUUGUGUUUUAUUGACAAUGUAACACUGAUGCCUAGGGAUCUUGGGGUCUUUGUAUAAGGAACGUUUGGGUUGUCCAUUAUGUGUUUUGCCUAAUUUUUUUGAGGCCAGUUAACUAGAAAUGAUAGUUGGAUUUCUUUCUUUGUUUUUGUUAAUCUGAAUUAUUUGAAUACUUUUUCUUCCCUUAGUUUUUCUGAACCAAAAGAAGGGGGACUAUUUUUCUAUCAUAAUAUAUGGUCAUGUUUGAAGUAUUAUAGAGUGCCUGAAUACAUUGAAUUUUACUUGGGUUAUCUAUAAUCACUUAUAGUUUAUUCCCUACACAUAAGUGGUAGACUAUUUGCUUAUGUCUCAUCUUAAGUUUUAAAAAAAUUGAGAUAAAUAUUUCAAAUAUAUUUAUGACAAGAUAUUGUAUGACACAAUUUUGACACCCUUAUAAUUAAUAUUUUUUACGUUCAAACUUAGGUGUACAUAUAGAAAUAAUAUACCUAAAUAAAUGUGGAAAUUCUUAACAAAUAUCUAUGGCAAUGUCAAGAAGAUAGAUCAUUUCAACAUUCCAAACGUUCACAAUAUUGACUGGCUAAUCCAAUGGCCUUUCUUUCAAAAAAUAAUAUUGUAUUGUCUAAUAUCACACUGAUGUUCCUCCUAUAGAGAAAUGUACUGCAGGCAGUAUUAUUUGUGAAGUUUUAUAGCUUAGAUUGUUUAAGUAGUUUAGAUUUGUUAAUUAGAUUUAGAUUUAUGCACGAUAAAAGUUUAAAAUGACAUUGUUAAAUUGUUUCAAUAAGUCAGUACUUUACAAUUUUCUAGGGAUGCUGAGUUUUUUUGGAGGAUAUUUGUAGUGUAAACCGUUUUGCUUUGUUUAAAUUGUCAGAUUUUUAUCAAAUUCCUUUAAAACAUAUAUUUUCCUUGUUCUGACCAUUUCUGAGAUAAGUAACUUCUAGAAAGAUCUUUCUCAAACUUUGAACAUAGGUCAUAGGUAAAAUUGUCUUUGCACCUAGUUGUGCAACAUCGCUUUUGUUUGUAGAUAAUUUUGCCAGCAGAUAACCUAGUUUGACUUUGUGUUUAUGGUUUGUUGUUGCUAAAGAAUCUUUCUGAAUCUGUACACACAUAUGUACACGUUCCAUUAUUAAUUGGGACCUAGUUAUUUAAUCAUUCAAGGUCACUUUUCACAUUUGGUAACUUUAGAAAAAAAUGACCACUUGUUGACCAAUAUUGAUUUUAAUAGUCCAAGUUUGUAAGGUUUGCCAUCUUGCCAAAGUUUGAAUAUUUUAAUAAAUUAAUAUGUUGUUUUGAUUUAUAAAGUUACAAUGAUUACAGUCAGUUGACAUUGCUUGACAAUCAAAAAUUCAAGGUUAAGGUCAAAUUUGAAAUAUCUUUAAUGGUAUAUAUUUGAUCAUGACAUAAUGAAGUUAAGUUGAUCAGCAUUAAAGUCAGGUGUUGAAGGUCAAAGUUAAAGGUUCAAAGGUCAAGGUAAAAAAUUUCAUCUCUUAAAAUGAUUUAUGAAGGAAAGUUGAUAAAAAGAUUGGAAUAUUACUGCAAGUCAUUUGUGCUUGCAGGUCAAUAAAGUUCAAAGGAAUCAAAGAAAGUAAUUAUAAGUGAGCAAAGUUCAAGUCACCAAAUUGAAGGUUUAUUGUUUUUCCUAAUGGUAAAGGAUCUCUCUUCCCAAUUGUAAUUACACAAGUGGUUGGAGCUAAGAUCUCUUUGGGAUCUUCUAUUCAUUUGAGAACAGAAUUUUGUUCAACAAAGACACCCAGUGGUGUACUUUCCAUUUGUUUUAAAACUGAUUAAUGAUAUAUAUGCAUUGUUUUGAGCAUGUCUGCAAUUAAUCAGCAGCUGUCAUGAACAGAAUCUAUUGUUUAAGCCGGGAGCUUAUUUCUUUAGUAUGCAUAGCCAUCUUGACAUUGAUACAAAAAUGUACACGAUAUGUUGAGAAAUUGUGUUGGAAUGAAAGUGAAAUGUUUCCUUGUUGUGUGUCAAUAAAGUGGGAAAUUCAU